CGUCGCUUGGGAGGGCUCUGUAGCUGAUGCUUGUCGUUCUGACCCGGGGAGCCCAGGGUUCCUCUCUCAGAGCAUCUGGCAGGUAUGUCUAAUGCCAAAGAGAGAAAACAUGCUAAGAAAAUGAGAAACCAGCCCACCAAUGUGACUUUGUUCUCUGGCUUUGCGGCUAAUAGAGGUGUAAAGCAUCAUAAUGGAGGUGGAAAACCUGCCCAAACUCAAAAGGAAGAGUCUCGUUCUGGAACUUUACAACAGCUGGAAACCAAAGUGACCCGCCAUUCACUGCUUGACCCUGAUGCAAGUGAGCAGUCUUCCUCCAAAGUAAUGUUCAGAAAAAAGGGAGGAUGGAAAGCAGGCCCCGAGGGCACUUCUCAGGAGAUUCCAAAGUAUAUAACUGCUUCUACGUUUGCUCAGGCCCGAGCUGCUGAAAUCAGUGCUAUGUUAAGAGCGGUGACCCAGAAGUCUUCUAAUUCCAUGGUCUUCCAGACUCUGCCACGGCACAUGAGACGAAGAGCCAUGAGCCACAAUGUCAAACGCCUCCCUCGACGCUUACGUGAGAUCGCCCAGAAAGAGGCAGAGAAAGCAGUGCAUCAGAAAAAAAAACAUUCAAAAAAUAAAUGCCAUAAAGCUCGAAGAUGUCACAAAAACCAGGUGCUGGAAUUUAACCGUAGACAAAAGAAGAACAUGUGGUUAGAAACUCAUAUCUGGCAUGCCAAACGGUUUCACAUGGUCAAGAAGUGGGGCUACUGCCUUGGGGAGAGGCCGACAGUCAAGAGCCACCGAGCCUGCUAUCGAGCCAUGACAAACGGUUGCCUCCUUCAGGAUUUAUCCUACUACUGUUGUUUGGAGUUGAAGGGCAAAGAAGAGGAAAUACUAAAGGCGCUUUCUCAAAUGUGUAGCAUAGACACAGGAUUGACUUUUGCAGCAGUUCACUGUUUAUCUGGAAAGCGUCAAGGUAGUUUGAUGCUUUACCGGGCAAAUCGAUACCCCAGAGAAAUGCUUGGGCCUGUCACAUUCAUUUGGAAGUCUGAGAGGAACCCUGGGGACGCCUCGGAGAGCAGGCAGUUGUGGAUCUGGCUCCAUCCCACUCUUAAACAGGAUGUCUUAGAGGAAAUAAAAGCAGUGUGCCAGUGUGUAGAGCCUAACAAAUCAACAGUCUGCACUCCUGACCCUCUUCUGACACCACCCCAAGAAAAAAGCCAAAUGGAACUGCCUGAUGAGAAAAUUGGCAAGAAAAGAAAAUGGAAAGAUGAUGGAGAAAAUGCUAAACCAGUUAAAAAAAUUAUUGGGGAUGGAACUAGAGAUCCACACCAACCGUGUUCUUGGGUAUCGCCAGCCACAUGCAUUGUAAUUAGUGAUUUGACAAUGGAGAUGAACAGAUACCGGCUGAUUGGUCCACUCUCCCAUUCCAUCCUAACGGAGGCGCUGAAAGCUGCUUCUGUCCACACUGAGGGAGAGGAUACAGAGAAGACACCUCACUGUUGGUGGAUUGAAACCUGUAAGAAUCCUGAUAACAUCUCCCUUCAUCACAGACAAGAAGCCAUUUUUGAAUUGUUGGGAGGAAUAACAUCACCAGCAGAAAUUCCAGCAGGUACUAUUCUGGGACUGACAGUUGGGGAUCCUCGAAUAAAUUUGCCUCAAAAGAGGUCCAAAGCUUUGCCCGAUCCAGAAAAAUGCCAAGAUAAUGAAAAAGUUAGACAGCUGCUUCUGGAGGGUGUGCCUGUGGAGUGUACGCAUAGCUUUAUCUGGAACCAAGCUAUCUGUAAGAGUGUUACAGAGAAUAAAAUCUCGGAGCAGGAUUUAAACCGGAUGAGAAGUGAAUUGCUGGUGCCUGGGUCACAGCUUGUUUUAGGUCCCCAGGAAUCCAAGAUACCUAUACUUUUGAUUCACCAGCCAGGGAAAGUAACUGGUGAAGACCGACGGGGAUGGGGAAGUGGCUGGGAUGUCCUUCUUCCAAAGGGCUGGGGCAUGGCUUUCUGGAUUCCAUUUAUCUAUCGAGGUGCCAGAGUUGGAGGAUUAAAAGAAGGUUUAGUACAUUCUCAGUAUAAAAGAUCACCUAACAUCCCAGGUGAUUUCCCAGACUGCCCUGCUGGGAUUCAGUUUGCUAAAGAGCAAGCUAAGAAUCUUCUUGAAAAGUACAGAAGACGCCCUCCUGCAAAACGGCCCAACUAUGUUAAGCUUGGCACUUUGGCCCCUUUCUGCUGUCCCUGGGUGCAGCUGACUCAAGACUGGGAAUCAAGAGUACAGGCCCAAGAAGAGUCUUCUGUAUCUUCAUCUCCAAAUGGUGGAGAGAGUGACGCAAGGAGAGAUGAGGUGCCUUGUGCUGCCAUACCCGAAGAAACUGUUAAACUGUCUGUAAACGAACCCAGAGAGCCAGAAGAAGCCAUGGACACAAGGUGUCAAGGCCAGGCAGGGACUGAGCGGGUCGGAGACCAGGAUGCUGCUGAGAGCAGUGCUGCUGCCACUGGUGGUCUCCUCUGCGUUGUUAGGGAGAGAAAAUUACUGAAGCAGCUGUCAGCCUGGUGUGGGCCUAGCUCUGGGGGCAGCCGGGCAGCCCGACCAGCCCCCGGCAGGGACCAGCAAGACCUGACCCGAGAGGCCUGUCUGUCAAUCUUGGGCCACUUCCCCAGGGCCCUGGUGUGGGUCAGCCUGUCCCUGCUCCGCAAGGGCAGCCCAGAGCCACACACCAUGAUCUGUGUCCCGGCGAAGGAGGACCUCCUUCGUCUCUGUCAGGGUCAGCUCUACUGUGGGCCCCAGGAGUCCAAACACAGUGACCCAUUCAAGAGCAAGCUCCUGAAACAGAAAGAGAAGAAGAAGAUGGAGAAGAGGCAGAGACGAGGGAGUGCUGCUCCCGAGGGCCUAGCAGGAGAGGAUUCUACCGCAGGGCAUGAAGCUUUAACACUGGGCUUGUGGUCAGGCCCUCUCCCAGCUGUGACUUCGCACUGUUCCAGGGUUCUCCUGGGGUUUGUCACUCAGGGAGAUUUUUCCAUGGCAGUUGGCUGUGGAGAAGCACUGGGGUUUGUUAGUUUGACAGGCUUGCUGGAUAUGCUAUCCAGGCAGCCGGCAGAUGAGAGGGGCUUGGUGUUACUGAGGCCUCCUGCCUCCUUGCAGUAUCGAUUUGCAAGAAUUGCUAUUGAGGUGUGAAUGCCGUCUUGUAUCCUAGCAGGUAUGGUAUAACUUUGUUUACCAGGUUCCACAACUGGAGAGUUUUGUUUUCACUCUCUCUUCUAUUUCAGAAUAUUAUGUGAAAUUCCUUGGAAACAAGAAUAAAAAAUGAUGUAUUAUGCAAAUGGAUGAAAUGUUUAUAUCAUUCCGAUAAUCUCAUUGAU